GUCUCCGCACAGUCCCCGUGAUGGCGAGGACGAUGCCGACCCGCCAUUGCUGUUGCAGGAGCCAAUGGAGGUUGACGUGGAGGGCGAGGUGGAGACUGAUUGGGCGCUCGAGCUUCGAAGCGCGCUGCACUCCGGGGGAAGUCUUUGGCAUUUGGACAAGGGCCUUCUCCGCUUCAUCCUGUCCAACUUGCUUCAGAAGGACGACAAUGUUUGCGACCUGGGGGCCUUCGGGGGCCACUACUCCAAGUGGCUCAAUGAUACUGGCCUUGUCCGCGCCUUUGCCUUCGAUUCGAUCCCUGGCGUGGAGGAGAUCACAGACGGUGCCGUGCGGUAUGCUC